CCUCUUGCACUGAGAUGCAGUGUCUUAGACCACUGCACCACUCGGGAGCCAGUAGAAGGAGGUGGUGUGUAUUUAUUUUGGCCUGGGUGGAGUGUUGGCCCGAUGCAGACCUCGCUGCUAUGGGUGGGCGAGAGCCAGGCUUCUGUCUCCUGAGCCUACCCCAAUCCCCUCAGUCCACCCCUAGCCCUGGCCUGGCUACCAUCUCCAUCUUCCAUCCCCAUAUCCCAGCCUGCAUCCAGCCUGCAGCUGACUGUCUUACUGCAGCUCCAGGAAGAACUAAGUCCGCUGAGAGAGCAUGAAUUUACAGCAAAACCCUUUUUAAUUACCACUGUAGUCUGCUCUUCAUUUGUUUGUGUGAUUAUUCUAUGUAAGCCUAGUUAUGUCCUGUGCUUAAGGACCCCACACAAAAUGUUGUGUAAUAUUUUUUGUUGGGACGUAAUAUAUACAGUUGGUCUGAGAAAAUAUGCCGGUUUAGCAAGACAAGAUCCCCAUUAGUCCUGGUUUGGGAUUGUGAGGAAAUUGUUUGUGACUGGGUUUUGUCUACGAACGGGGAGGAUUAUUGACUGGACUGCUGAACGUAACAUUCCCUGAAAGAUACUGACUGACUAAAGACUAACGUUAGCAGCCGUCGAAUCACAGAGGAGCUUUGUGUCAUUAAAACGAAACAGCUUUUUGUUCCCUGCUGACUCCUCCCUCGGUCGUUCUUUCGGUUCGAAGUUCGAGUGGUGACGGACUGAGGGCGUAUCCUGAUCCUGGCACACCCGUGUCUACUCUCCACUGCCCAGGGGUCUGGAAUUAUAGAAGUACGGUGGCCUGCUGGGAUCCGUCCCAACCAGGCCCCUGCCUGCAGCACCUGUUGACACAGCAAGCUACUUUUACGUCUGAAUUGGCUGGAUUUAUCGACUUCUGAUUUGAGUGUUCUAUACUAACCUUAUCCAGGCUUCCUGUAAUUUAAGAAUGCCAAUGUGACAGAGAACGCUAACACCUCUGAGGAUUUGCUCUGAAACUUUGGGAGCCGUUACUACUCCAGCAUCGUGCCAAGAAUAUGCCUGUUGUUGGAAUGAAGCCGGCUCAGGCUAAUUGGUUGUUGUGUUAUGGUAGUUAAUUAUGUGCAGCAGUUCAGGGAGUUAGAGAGAGUCUGGGCUGCGAUGAGUACCUGGGCUCAGGCAAGGUGAUGGACAAGUGUGGGGUGUGUGGCGGGGAUAACACGGCCUGUAAGCUGGUGUCAGGGCUCUUCCAGCAGCACAGCCUGAACAAGGUGGGCUACCACAAGAUAGUGGAGAUCCCAGAGGGAGCCACCAAGAUCAACGUCACCGAGACGGUGAAGAGCAGGAAUUACCUGGCUCUGAAAAGCCGCUCAGGUCGCUCCAUCAUCAAUGGGAACUGGGCCAUUGACCGGCCGGGGAAGUAUGAGGGGGUGGGCACCAUGUUCACCUACCGACGACCCAAUGAGGUCACCAGCACCGCCGGGGAGUCCUUCCUGGCUGAAGGGCCAACCAAUGAGAUCCUGGAUGUUUAUGUGAUCUACCAGCAGCCCAACCCAGGAGUGAGCUAUGAAUUCAUCCUUCCCUCUGACAACCCUCCACAGCACCCCGACCACAGACCUGGAGGGAAUACUCUGCAUGGGCAAAGUGGGAAUGACCACCGGGGUAACCCCAACCAGGAGGGGUACGAUCUAGCAGGAGGGGGCAAAUACCCUCCCCAGGUACCCAACAACCAGGUGCCAGCGGUCCAGCCACCCAAACGUCAGAGAGAAUAUAACUGGAAACUGUCUGGGGCAACAGAGUGUAGUGCCUCCUGUGGCAGAGGUAGCAGGUACACCAUCUUCCACUGUGUCCACAGACUGAGCCAUGAGCAUGUACCAGAGAACCAGUGUGACAGCAGCACCAGGCCCAGUUCACAGGAGGAGCCCUGCAACCUUCAGUCCUGCCCUGCCUUCUGGGACAUUGGUGAGUGGUCGGAGUGCAGUAAGACAUGUGGCCUGGGUAUGCAGCACCGCCAGGUCUUGUGCAGGCAGGUGUAUGCCAACCGGACCCUCAACGUCCACACCAGCCGCUGCCGCCACCUGGAGCAGCCUGAGACCACCAGCACCUGCCAGCUGAAAAUCUGCAGCGAGUGGCAGAUACGAACCGAGUGGAGCGCCUGCUCUGUUCCCUGUGGCGUGGGCCAGAGGACCAGGGAGGUGCACUGUGUCAGCAACGUGGGAGACUUUGUGUCGGACGAGGAGUGCAACAUGAAGCUGCGACCCAGUGACAAUGAGAACUGUGACAUGGGGCCCUGUGCUAAAAGUUGGUUCUUCACUGAGUGGGGAAAUAAGUGUUCUGCUGAGUGUGGGAUGGGCAUCCGGACCCGCGGCGUUCUGUGCCUGACCAAUCACAUCAGCAGCUUGCCUCUGGAGGGGUGUGGCCAUGAGCGCCCCACUGACUCUCAGGUCUGUAAUCACGGCCCCUGUGAGAGUCGCAUCGAGUGGUUUACAGCCCCCUGGAGUCAGUGCUCAACGGAGUGUGGCUCGGGCAGCCAGCAGAGGGCAGUGGUGUGUCUGAUGAAGUCUGACGAGGGGUUCAAUGUAAUGCCGCCCUACGAAUGUUCUUCUCUAGACAAGCCUCUUAAUCAGCAGAGCUGCCACCUCAAGCCCUGCGGGGCCAUGUGGUACCACACAGACUGGAGCGCUUGUUCUAAGACGUGUGAGGGGGGCUUCCGUGUGAGGGAGGUGCGCUGUCUGUCUGAUGACAUGCUUUCCAGUGAGGGCUGUAAGGAGGAGCUGAAACCAGUGGAGAGAGAGGAGUGCAACCCAGAGCCCUGCAUCCCACACAUAGACGAGAACUGUCGAGACAAGUAUUUCAACUGCAAUGUGGUGGUCCAGGCACGUCUCUGUGUGUACGACUACUACAAGACAACCUGCUGUGCCUCCUGCACACGAGUGGCCCACAGACAGUCACAACACAGGGCACUCAGCUAGCCCCCUCUCCCCAGGCCUCAGACCUCUAGGGGGCCUGACACAGCGCCCAGAGCAGGCCCUCAGUCCCUGGGCAAAACACACUGACUCACAGUGGAGAGGACAGCCUAGAACCUGACUCUGGGUGGGCACUGACUGGACACUAUAAUAUGAGUGCUGAAAAUACAGACUGAAAAACCGCAAAGAAAGGAAGUGAAAGCCUAACUUGUUUUUGGCUUGUGAAGAGAUUGCCAAUGGGCAAUACGGGAAACAGAAUGGUUCUUGGAGGAUGGUUGUGAAGGACACGUUUAACAGGGCUAUGAGUGGAGGAGCUCUGGUGAGGCGAGAUGAUAGACAGGACACCAAACCGAAGAAUAUGGAACCAAUUUUUGGUCUGUAACCAGAAUCCCCUCCAAUAAAAGUUCCUGUCUGGGUUUUUGUUGUGUUUCGUGGGAAGCAGUUUGCCGCUGCCAUUCACCUGAAUGGGUUAAGGUCUUGAAAAAGGUCUUUGGCUGAAACGUUGACAGAAUAAACAAGGUGCAGAGGUAA